ACCAACUACAAUUCUGAACCCAUUCAAAAAGAUAAAAUGAAAGUGUUGUACUAACAUAGCAGAUCCCCUUUCGCCUAGCCGCCAUCAGAAAUCACAGCGUUUUGCAGCACCUAUAUUCACAUGCGAGCUACGGAACGCUGUAUUGCUUUUCACCACCCUUGUAGUUCUGGGUUGCAGCAUUUCUCUUCCCCGCUUUCUUGGCCCAUGCAUAUAUAAGUGUAUGGGCCGCCCUCUAUUCUGAGCAGCAUCUUUUUUCCCGGUGCUGCAGCCUCACAACUCUUUGACAGCCCACACAAUUAUCUGUACUGGCGCCAGCCCAUAGCCGCCGGCCCAUUUGAACUUGGCCUGCUUCCCGUAGUAAUUUAUAGUGUUUCCAUCUUGCCCAGUGCAUUGACAUUCUUUUGUGUUUCUGGCGGAUUCCUGCUUGCACGGCUGACUCACCCCGUGCACCGCCAGAACUGCCACACAAAAUUCUCACACCUGGGUACUCCACAUGUACAAAGUAUUCGCCCGAUUGAUGAGCACAAAAAAAAUUGUACAGCAGCCGCACUGGAGCAAGCCGCUGGCGCCCCAGGGAGAGAGCCCGGUGUUGAAAAUUUAUAACUCCUUGACGAGAACAAAGGAGGAGUUCGUGCCGAUCUCCGCCGGUCGCAUUUCAUGGUACUGCUGUGGACCCACCGUCUACAACCAUGCCCACAUGGGCCAUGCCCGCAACUACGUGUGCUCCGACAUUUGCCGUCGAAUUCUCCGGGACCAUUUUGGAUACAACAUCAAUUUUGUGCAAAACGUGACUGAUAUAGACGACAAGAUCAUUGUCGCUGCCCGCCAGCAGCAUCUCUUUGAGGAGAAGAUCGCCACCAAGUAUAAUGCCGUGACGCCCGAGCUCGCUGCAUCUAUCAGACUGUACUUGCUGGACUAUGUUGCCAAAAAUUUGCCUGAAUUUAAGGGCGACGUGGCUACCGAAUUGGUCUCGUACAUCGAUGCGCUUGAUCUCCAGGCGCUCGCCGUGGCCAACCCUAAAUUGCCCAUGUAUGCACGUGCUGCUAAGAAGGCGCACGGUGCUGCUUAUGGAGAGAUGUCUUUCGAGUUGUUCUUGGCUGCGGUGGAGGAGGUCGCCGUGCCCACGCUCGACAAGCAGUUCGGCUCUUCCGUGACAGACCCUGAGAUUUUCAGAAAGUUGCCUGCAUUCUGGGAAAACAAGUUCAACCAGGAUAUGGAGAGACUAAAUGUGCUUCCCCCUUCAGUGACCACACGUGUAUCCGAGUACGUGCCUGAAAUCAUCGAGUUCGUGGAGAAAAUCAUCGAGAACGGCUUUGCCUACUCGACCCCGGACGGAUCCGUUUAUUUCGACACCGUCAGAUUCGAAAACCACCCGGACCACGACUACGCCAAGUUGCAGCCCUGGAACAAAGGGUCUUUGGAGCUCAUAAACGAUGGCGAAGGCUCGUUGUCGGUUUCCGAAACAGGAGCCAAAAAGAACUCGGCCGACUUUGCUCUCUGGAAAGCUUCAAAACAGGGCGAGCCAGCGUGGGAGUCCAAGUGGGGUCCUGGAAGACCAGGCUGGCACAUUGAGUGUUCGGUGAUGGCCAGUGACAUUUUGGGAGAGAAAAUGGAUAUCCAUUCCGGAGGCAUCGACUUGUGUUUCCCUCAUCAUGACAAUGAGUUAGCACAAUCCGAAGCAUACUUUGACAACAAGCAGUGGGUCAACUACUUCAUGCACAAUGGGCACUUACACAUUCAAGGCCAGAAAAUGUCCAAAUCCUUGAAGAACUUCAUCACCGUCGAGGAGGCGUUGCAGACAUAUUCCGCCAGACAGCUUCGUUUGGUGUUUGCCUUUGGCAGUUGGGACAAGCCGCUUGAUUUCAAGGACUCGUUGAUUCUGGAAGUCCGGGCCUACGAAUCCUCGUUGUCGAAGUUCUUCACGACUGUGAGAGCAUUGGUCACCGACCACAAGUACGUUGUUUCCGAAGGUGGAUACAGGUCCAAGAAAUUGGAGCAAGUGCAUAAGCAGCUUUUGACCGAUUUGGCCCAAGCACAGCUGGACGCCCACGCUGCGUUCUGCGACAAUUUGUCUUCGCCAACUGUCUUGAGAGUGGUCAGCGACUUGGUUUCCAAGAGCAACACAUUCAUUCAAGGUACGGUCACAGGCAAGCACGAGUUGCGUUUUGAGCCUUUGGUCGAAAUCACGAACUGGAUUGUGCGCAUUUUGGAAAUCUUGGGUUUCGAAGCCAGGGCGGAUAGACUCGGCUGGAUCGACUCUGCGGAAACUUCCGGCACCAGCUCUGCAUCAGCAGAAGAUGUGGCCAUGCCGUACGUGAAAGCGUUGUCGCAAUUCAGAGAUUUGGUGAGGGAAUUGGCCAUCCGCAAGGCAGACUCGGGCGAGAUUCUUGGUGCUUCUGACACCUUGCGUUCGGACUUGAUUAAGUUGGGAAUCUCUUUGGACGACAGACCUUCCGGUGGGGCUUUAGUGAAGUUCUUGAACCAACAGGAAAAGGAGGAGUUGAUCAAGCAACAGCAGGCUAAGGAGCAGCAGGCGUUGGAGAAGGCGCAGAAGAAGAAGCAACAAGCCGAGGCUAAUGCGAAGAAGGAGCAGGAAAGACUUGCAAAGAUGAAAAUCAGGCCACAGGAUCUUUUCCAGGACAAGACUGCGUACUCAGAGUGGGACGCGGAAGGCAUACCCACCAAGACCGCGUCGGGCGAGGAGGUGACCAAGAGUAUGAAAAAGAAGUUGGUGAAGCAGUACCAGCAACAGGAGAAGCUAUACGCCGAGUAUACUAGCAAGCAGUAGACAAGUAUAUACGGACAAUUUGACUCUUUUACAGACUGAGAGCGCGCGAGGUGGGGUCCGUGAACCGUGGUAUUUAGAGACGAGUAUUCUUGCGACAGCAUAUGAGCGAAUCUUGAAUUGAGCGCUGGAAUGAAAUUAGUUCAUUUAUUCCAGUAACUUUUAGACAUACUGUAUCAAUAUAGCACUUCCACACCGA